AUGCGUACUAACGAGAACGAACGUCAAGCCGAAGGAAGUUUGAAUGAAAGUGCCCAGCUGAAUUCGCAAGACCGUUGUGUUUCGUCGGUGUGCCGCAUUAUUCGAUGUGUUUCGCUUGCAUUAACUCAAGUACGCCAACGCUUUAUAAGCAUGCCAAAAACGCAAGAUGAGCUACAUGCAGCAAGUCGUGAUUUUUACGCCAUUGCAAAAUUUCCUCGAACUAUUGGUGCAAUUGAUUGUACCCACAUCAAGAUACAAUCACCUGGUGGUAAUCAAGCUGAGAACUACCGAAACCGAAAAUCUUGGUUUUCACUGAAUGUACAAACAGUCAGUUCAGCAGAUUUGAAAGUUUUGAACAUUGUCGCAAGAUGGCCUGGAGCAUCACACGACCAACACAUUUUCAAUAAUUCAACAUUGAAGAUGCAGUUCGAGCGGGGUGAUUUUGGACACUUCAUAAUCGUUGGCGAUUCCGGAUACCGCAACACUAAGUAUUUGGCUACACCUUUUCUCCGCGGUGAAACGUCAGCUGAAACACUAUACAACGAAAGCCAAAUCCGUACCCGGAAUGUUGUAGAACGUUCUUAUGGCGUAUUGAAACGGCGAUUUCCAGUAUUGUCGUUGGGAAUACGUGUAAAAAUAUCAACAGUUCAGCUCAUUAUUGUAGCGUGUGCAGUAUUGCAAAAUAUUGCAAUUGAUGCUAAGGAAGUGGAGCCGCCAGCAGAAAUCGAAGGAUUUGAUGAAAUGUUAGCUGCAACUGCUGUUCCAGAUUGUCCUAAUAUGGAAAGAAGCGCAACGGGUUGUCAAAUUGGAUAA